CUGGUAUAUAAAUAACCUGAAUUCAAUUCUUGUUGGAUAAUUGACAAUAGUCUGUUAAUUAUAGUUUAAUUAGUUUUUGGCAUUUCUCUCGGGAUUUCACUUUUGUAAGAUCUGAUCAUGAGUUACUACAAUCAUCAACAAGCUCCAGUGGUAUAUCGUCCACCUCCUACUUCAUAUCCUCUGGCGGAGCCAGGGCAAGUUUAUCCUCCUCCUCUGCAUCAAUCCUAUCCUCCUCCUCCUCCAGUCCAAGGUCCAUACAUUGCUCCACCGCCAGUUGCUUACCCCAUGAAAAAUGGAGUUGAAGCACCCCAACACCUACCAGAAACUAAGCAGAGGGGUGACGGGUUCUGGAAAGGAUGUUGUGCUGGCUUGUGUUGCUGCUGCCUCCUAGAUCUGUGUUUUUGAGUACUCUCUCAGGCUGUCAUCUUUCUUUCUUCUUGAUUUUCUUUGUUUUAUUAAUAGAAAUAUUAAUUUCAUCAGUUCAAGUACUAGUAUAAACGUAGAAUUAGACUUGUUAGCAUCUUAUGUAAUGUAAUUCCUGCUCUCACCUCACAAUAAUACAACCUCCAGUUAUUUGAAAUUCCAUCAACGAAAUUCGAAGCGUAGCGCAAGGCAGACUUGCAAGGCUAACAGACUAGCUCAAACUUCACUUCAGUCACAUAAAUCGACAGCAUAUUUGAUUUUAGUUGUUCAAGACACCAAAGCUUCGCUAUGUGACUAUUCCACGUUCUUGCCCUUCACUUGAGAAAUCAGAAGCACAGUGUGGCCGUGGCAAAAUUAUUUCUACCACCGUUGCUCUUAUACCAAAGUUGAACAAUUCAUAGCAGUUCAUUAUUAUGAUAAUAGCUAUGUACAACUGCAUUUAUACAUCUUACACCAUUUGAAUAAAACCAUGGGCUCAAGUUCAAAGUCAUGAGCUCUUAAAUAUACGACAGUUACACAGAAGAGGGUUUGUACUUGCUUUCAUUGAGUU